GUCACGGUCGUAUUGGCUUUCUCUCUCCGCCUCCAUCUCCCUCUCCCUCUCCCUCUCCCUCUCCCUCUCCCUUCCCUCCUCUUUGUUUUCCUCGCUCUCUCCCACGGAGGUAGCCAGAAACCAAGAAAGGGAAACCGCACUGCAUAAACGCAAACAAUCCGUACACAAUUUUCCCCAUUCCCUUUCACGGUUUCGCCGCUCGCCGAUCACGUCCACCGCCGCUUCUGCCUUCCGUCUCCGGCCUUGGCUAUUCUCCGCCCGCCGUAUGAGUAUGUGAUCCGAUUGCUAUGGUCAUUUUCUUCCGUUUGACAUUUCGCCUCCCCUUCAUGGAUUCGUUUUAGGGUUUUGAUUUUUCGAAGGGAGUCGUCAUCGUCUUUGUCGUCGUCAUCAUCAUCGCAAGGGGUCUUCGACGGAUUUUCGAUCUCGCAGGGUUAGGUUUAGAGUUGGGUCAUCCUCAAGGAUGGACGCGUCCGGUGGAAACUCGGACGCUCAAAGAGGGAUUUCAUCUUCCACUAGUACUAGUGCUCAUUCUAGGAGAUAUGGAAUGCAGUUUUCAGCCUCUAAUUUGUUUCGAUCCCCAGUGUCUAGCUUGUUGGAAUACGCUGGUCUCUUAAGAACAAGGUCCAGUCAAUCAGAGACAGAUAGUUUGAUUAAUCAUGGAGCAUCUGUCGGAUAUCGAGAACAUUUUCAGUCAAGACCUGAUGAUUCUGUAGCAUCCACCACCCAUCUUGGUAAUGCAGAGGAGGUCUCAAUUCGGAUCAUUGGUGCAGGUGAGCAAGAGCAGGAUAGGGUUGGGACAGUUUUGUCUACACCGACUGUUGGACCAUUAAGGGAGCUAAGUGGGCAAAAUGAGGUCUUUGUGCAGCCAAUUUCAAGGUCAGGUUCUGCAUCUUCCAUGGCAUCAGCUUUUGAGAGUCAGACUGACUUGAGAAGUGAUAGAGGAGGAGAGGGGUUCAAUCAAGCUACAAAUGGCAGCCCCGAAAUGGGCGCUAGUGAUGGAGCUGGUGCUUCCAACAGGGAUUCUUCUUACCAAAGAUAUGAUAUACAGCAAGCUGCUCGGUGGAUUGAACAAGUUCUUCCUUUCUCCUUGCUGCUUUUGGUUGUUUUCAUUCGACAGCACUUGCAAGGGUUUUUUGUUACAAUUUUCCUUGCUGCUGUUAUGUUCAAGUCUAAUGAUAUUGUUCGAAAGCAAACAGCUCUUAAGGGUGAGAGGAAAAUAUCUGUUCUUGCUGGUGUCUCUAUUCUGUUUACAGUUCAUGUAGUUGGGUUUUAUUGGUGGUUUCAGAAAGAUGAACUUCUAUACCCAUUGGUGAUGCUUCCACCAAAUGCCAUACCACCAUUUUGGCAUGCUAUCUUUAUAAUCAUGGUGAAUGAUACUUUGGUUCGUCAAGCAGCAAUGGUUCCCAAGUGUUUUCUAUUAAUAUAUUACAAGAAUAGCAAGGGAAGAAACUAUCGGAAGCAGGGACAAAUGUUAACUUUGGUUGAGUAUCUUGUGCUGCUCUAUCGCGUGUUGCUGCCCGCUCCAGUUUGGUACCGUUUCUUUCUGAACAAGGAAUAUGGAAGUCUCUUUUCGUCAUUAAUGACUGGGUUGUAUUUAACUUUCAAGCUCACUUCUGUUGUUGAGAAGGUGCAAUCAUUUUUCAGUGCUUUGAAGGCUCUCUCGCGUAGAGAGAUCCAUUAUGGAGCUUAUGCAACAUCUGAACAGGUGAUUGCAGCAGGGGAUUUGUGCGCUAUUUGCCAGGAAAAGAUGCAUGCACCAAUUUUGCUACGCUGUAAACACAUAUUUUGCGAAGAUUGUGUGUCUGAAUGGUUUGAGAGGGAAAGGACAUGCCCAUUAUGCAGGGCUUUAGUAAAACCGGCUGAUCUCAAGUCAUUUGGGGACGGAUCAACUAGUCUGUUUUUCCAGUUAUUCUAAAUCAGCCACCAUUGUUGACACACGAGGAGGAGGUUCCUGCUGUCAAAAUUGCAAUCCUCCCCAAGAGCAGCUCUGCUUGCUGGUAACCUGAUCCACAAAAAGAUUCAACACUCAAUUCACUUCUCUCAUUUGUUACUGCCGGAAAAUAUAAUUGCAAAAAUGAUGUAAUACAAACUACUCUAGCCAUUGUUCAUAGUUUUGUAACUGAAAAGGUGUAUGAUGUUACAGAAUUACUAAGGUCUGACAAUGUAUUAAACACCACAUUUUCCAUAUAUAUAAUAUAUUGUAUACAUAAAAGAAGCCUUGCAAAUUG